AUGGGCCAUCUUCUCUCAAAAAAUGGUCUACGCCUGAAGAAGAGGACGCGCAAAGUACAUCACAGGAAGAAGAAGAGGAACUGCUUCCUUCAGGGGCCUUGCAUGCUCUGCUUCAUCGUCCACAACAGCAGCAGCAGCAGCGGCCUCGACGACGACGGCGACCGGCUGGAGGACGGCGUCAACGGGUGCCGCCACAACAGCGUCGCUGGGAUCAGCGUGCCGGGCGUCGGCGAAGUCGGCAUCGGAGCGGCGGCCGCCUCCAAGCUAGCCGAGCGCUACGCGGCCCUCGCGUCCCCGGAGGACCGCUCCAAGUUCCUGCUGUCGCAGAGGGAGCUCGCCGUUUGGGAGGGCCAGGGGAGGAGCCUUCUGUCGGCCGUCCCCGCCAAACUGAUCCCCCCGCCGGUGCUUUUCCGGACGGCCGGCGUGUCUGUGACGGUGCCCGUACCCGUGCCUGUGCCCGGCGGCGCCAGCGAAUACACAGAGAUGGUGUGCAAGAGGAAGUGCUCAGAGGUGCAGAGGUGCACGCCGUGCAAGCAGCCGCGCUGUGCCUUUGCCGCUCCCGACGGGGGGCUGGAGCAUGGGGGAGUGGGAGGAGGCGGAGGAGGAGGAGGAGGUGCAGGGGACGCUGCUUCGAACUCUGAGACCGGCCACAGCCACCUUCCCAUCUGCCCCAUUCCCUCGUCUUCAUCCACCUCUGCUUCCUCUUCCUCCUCCCCGGGCGACGGCUGCUGUGGGUUGGCUCUCUACGCCGAAGCGGCCAACAGUUCAGACUCGUCGCCGUGCUGCCUGCAUCACUUUGACGACUGCCAGGCGAGGAGCGCCGAUGCUGCCGAACACCUAAGUAUCAACCACCUGCCUUCCUCCAUCCUCCUAAAGGUGCUGUCUCACCUGACAGUGAAGGAGCGUUGUCUUUGUGCCUCUCUGGUUUGUAAGUAUUGGAGGGAUCUCUGCUUGGACUUUCAAUUCUGGAAGCAAAUCGACCUCAGUGGCUUGCAACAAGUCAACGAUGAUCUCCUUGUGAAAAUAGCUUCUCGCAGGCAGAAUGUGACGGAGAUCAACAUCUCGGAUUGCAGGGGGGUUCAUGAUUACGGCGUGUCCUCCCUGGCCUCCCACUGUCCGGGCCUGCAGAAAUACACAGCGUACAGGUGCAAGCAGCUGGGCGACAUCUCAGUGACGGCGUUGGCGACACACUGCCCUCUGCUGGUCAAGGUGCACGUGGGAAACCAGGACAAACUAACAGACGUGGCACUGAAGAAGUUGGGAGCGAACUGCAGAGAGUUGAGGGAUAUCCACUUGGGUCAGUGCUACGGGAUCAGCGAUGAAGGCAUGAUGGCGCUGGCUCGAGGAUGUCCAAAACUGCAGCGGCUGUACUUGCAAGAGAACAAAAUGGUCACCGAUCAGUCUGUGCGGGCGGUAGCGGAGCACUGUCCCGAGCUGCAGUUUGUCGGCUUCAUGGGAUGCCCCGUGACCUCUCAGGGUGUGAUCCAUCUCACCGCGCUGCAAAACCUGAGCGUUCUGGACCUGCGGCACAUCUCCGAGCUGAACAAUGAGACGGUGAUGGAAGUGGUGAGGAAGUGUCGGAAGCUCAGCUCCCUAAACCUGUGCCUCAACUGGAGCAUUAAUGACAGGUGUGUGGAAAUCAUCGCCAAGGAGGGAAGAAGUCUGAAGGAGCUCUAUCUGGUGUCUUGUAAAAUCACAGACCACGCUUUGAUAGCCAUAGGCCAGUACAGCAGUACCAUAGAGACCGUGGAUGCUGGCUGGUGCAAAGACAUCACAGACCAAGGAGCCACACAGAUCGCUCAAAGCAGCAAAUCCCUGCGAUACCUGGGCCUCAUGAGAUGUGACAAGGUGAACGAGGAGACCGUGGAGAGGCUGGUGGUCCAGUACCCUCACAUCGUGUUCAGCACAGUGAUGCAGGACUGCAAGAGAACCCUGGAGAGAGCUUAUCAAAUGGGCUGGAGCCCCAACACGUCUAACUCUUCGUAGCUACCGCUGCGUCGCAAACGUGCACAGACAUAAACACGCAGUUUCACACACACGUGCGCAUUAAGUGCAGUUCAUCCGUCUGGGCUUCUCAUUUACCCCUCAGUCAUGCAUGUUAACAUGUAGCGACACAAUCGAGAGACAGAAAAAAAAAAACAACACAUUUAAGGUAAAUCUGUUAGUUUCUCUGCAUCCACCACGUCUAGGUUCUGAUCUGAAGCAGCUUUUUACAGACAUCAUCUUCUAUUAGUUAGGACCGCCAAGUUCCAUUGUUAGAUUUUCUUUGCAUCAUCUUGAUUUCGACGUAAGUGUGCAAGCAGUUUGAUUAGUUUUGAAUAUAUAUAUCUAUAAAUAAUACCUGAACAAAAGAAGACUUGUUACAUCAAAGAUAUUUAGCCAUAGUUAGACCAGAGUGAUUUUAUUUGACGAAAAGGGCAGGAAAAAAAAGUCUGUUUCCUCGGAUGGAACCGCUGGAUUAGAUCUCUUGUCCACGUCAGCCCGUCGAGAUGUCCGCUUCCCCUCCAAACUGCUGCGCUCAGCUGCCGGAGAAGGAGGCAGAACACCUGGAGGAAAUAUAUUUGUCAUCUGACCGCUUAGGACUGGACUGCCACGGCUUUGGACCCCACUUGAGUCAUUUUGAAGAAAAUUGUCAGCGGGGCCUUUUUCUCCCCAUUUGGACAACGGCUUUUCUUCACUUUGGACGUCGGCGCAGUAUUAUCUGUUUUUGUGGAUUUGGAGCGAACGUUGACGACCCUCCGUGUGAGAGACCCGGGAACAGUCGUUUUCACGCCAACGGAGGGUCAUUGUCGUUAAAGAGUGCAUGUUUCUGUUUGUUUUAUCUUUGUUUCAGAGUGUUAGUGAUGUGAAGGUGAAACUGAGAACUGUGUGACUUCGGGUUCUGCUCUGCGUUAUUUAAGGUGCAUAGAUUAACUACGACUGAGCAUCACAUAAUCUUUUUUUUUUUUUUUUCGUAAGAAAUUUAACGUUGCUUGAUAUAGAGAUUGCCUUUUUCCACAAAAACCAAAAACCAAACUCUCUUGGCCGUGUUGUUAGAACAUUGGCCUGCAGAAAAAGUGAAGCGGUUGUUGAUUCCCAUCAGAUUGACAACCUGAAUCUCGCUUUAUUGAAGUGUUUAUUUCAUGUACGUUUAUACUGAAGCAUUAUUAGGCUCAUUUAAACUGAAUGGGAUUUAUUUAGCCUACUGUUAGUUUUGAUUAUAUCCUUGUUAGCUAGCAUUAGCUCUGUAACGCGGCGAGCGGUUUACCUUUAUUUAGCCAAACGCGUUGUAACCUCCUCAGUUUGCAUCGCACAACUAGAUCGGGACUCUUCGAACACAAGCUUACGAGAAUAGCAUUGUGUGAUUUAUGUUUGACUUUUAAAGAACUGAUCUAUGGGUUUCAAUAAUUACAGGCGUUACAGUUGGACAUUUUAGGGUUGCAAAUAAUUAUGCGAAGAAGGACAAGGGUGGGUAUGGAGUGGACUGGUGGCAAGACUGCAGAGUGAUUUUACUCGCAUCUCAAUCGUGAGCAGAGAGAGCAACCAUCUGUUAAGCCUCAGCAGAGCAAGUCAUGAAACAAACUAGUGGAAAUUAGUGGAUGGGAAUUGGUCUUGUUUCCGUCAUUCAAUAGAAACUCAGUACUGUACAAUUUAAAAAUCAAGGAACCAGGGUAUUUUUCUAAGGUGUGAACCAACUCUGGACUCUAACCACCACCUCACAGGAAGAACCCGUCAAGGAGCCCAGAGUUUGAGUUGAGUGCAAACUUUGUUAGCACGUAGAGAUUACAGAGAGUUCAAAAAAAAAACUCAUUUUAACCUUGUCAGGAUUUAUCUGCAUUACCCAAAGGAACAUUUGUCCUUUGGCCGUGUUUUUGAUCUUUUUAUUCUUUUUUUAAUCCCUGUAGGCACUUCCUUCCUCUGCUAGAUGUUGAAAAAAAUUGAUUCCUGAUUUGCAAAGGCAGCCAUAAUGGACUGGAUUCACAUGAUGAUAAAUAAAAACACUACAACUUCA